CGCAACUGCUGCAUCUCGUUCCGCAGCAACAAUGGCUACUAGCUGUCAGAUAUGGAGACCAGACCGAGGCUGGUGCUUUAAACACUACGGAAUAGUUGUCAUAUUGUUUAUGGACUUGGUCUUACAGUCUGUUAACGGAUACCUGAGUUCUCCUCAUGUUGGCCAAGAGCUUCCGUAUACCACAGAUGCCCAGCAUGGACCUGUCAUCACAAGCCCAGUGGUCCCUGCUGCUGCAGCCUCAGUGUCUCCAGAAGAUGAAGAGAGCUACACAUCCAAGUGCCCCAGUGGGGGAUUGUGUAGUCGCUUACCAGCUGAUUGCAUUCAAUGCAGUUACCAACACAACUGCACCUAUGGCAAAAAAGCCUCCUUUGCCUGUAAACCUAAAAAAGGGGUUCAUUGUAUAGGAGAGUCAGGGCAGGAGCUUUUCAACUUCUCCCUUACCAUCAUCUGUCAGUUCUGCUGGCAGCUGGACCCAUCUCUGUACCGUUGCUCAAACUCCACCAACUGCAUGACCGUUUCAUGCCCUCGCAAGCGCUACAACGCCACCUGUAAUGUCUUAGAGCACGUGCAUUGUUUAGGUAAAAGGCGGUUUCAGAAACGUUUAUUCUGUAACUGGACUGGUGGGUACAAAUGGUCAACAGCACUGGCGCUCAGCAUUACUCUUGGUGGUUUUGGAGCCGAUCGGUUUUAUCUGGGCCAGUGGAGAGAGGGCCUUGGCAAGUUGUUCAGCUUUGGAGGCCUGGGCAUUUGGACGUUGAUAGAUGUUCUUCUGAUCGGGGUCGGCUAUGUGGGGCCUGCUGAUGGUUCUCUGUACAUCUGAAGCAGAGCUCUGGAAAUACAUCUGGUUUGUGAUUUCUUCCGCCUCACACUGCUUCACUUUCUCAAAAGAUAGAAGAUCUGAGCUGUUGCGUUCACUACAUGCUCGCCUGCCUAAGCUCUCUGCUCGACACGUCCUCAUCCCAUCUGCUAACAAGCAGGAAGUGUUUUCUUCAUCACACCAGCGAUGACUCUACCCACACAACCAUCAGAUCAAUCCCAAUCAUUCUGCAUCCGGCUCCUGUUGAGAUUCUGCAGAUGGAGCUGUGCAGGAGGAUGAGAAACCAGUGAUUACGUGCAUCCAGUUGGCUUGACUUAACUGUUGGUUUAUCUGUCCUGCUGAUAGACAGCUCUGGUUUCCUGUGGAGCAGCGCUUUCACAGACAUCCUGUCACCUUUGAGCACAGAUUGCUCCUCCUUUAUUGCAAGGUAGACGCAUCAAUGAGGGUCAAAUAGUAACCAUGGCUACAGGGCUUUUUAUGGUUACAACACACACAAAAGACAACCUGAAAGGUAUGAUUUAUGUACUGAAAGCAUGAAUAUACAGAGGGUAAUGUAAUGAGGUGGUUUUACUGAUACAACACAAUUAUUUUCUGUUCUUUUUUCCCCUCCAUUGAAUCAGUGCAGCCAUGCAGUUGUAAGGAUGUUGCUCAAAGAUUAGAUAAAUGGCACUAUGACUUUCCAAAAGCUUAAACGAAUGCUUAAACUUUUUUUUAUAAUGCAUCUGUUUUAUAAAUAAGAGCUACUGGUAUUGAAACAGAGGCGAUAAGGAUCAUCUCUGUCAUCAUUUGCUGUAGCAUGUAGUCUCAUUCCAAGAAAUGCACAGAUAAUCUUAACAGGACGUAUGUUUGUUAAUGAUACAUAAUGAAACACUUGAAAUGCACUGCACUUGCAAACUGCAGUUACUUGUGGUUUCCCGUAUUGGAAAUAUCUUCUUCCUACUUGUAAUUUUUCCCACACUUGGUAUCAAACUUGACAUUGUAACAAAGAAAACUGUAAUUUUUUUUUUUUUGCACCUGUAACCACCUACCUUUUUGUAAAUAAGUUUUGUUGCAGUGUCAGGUGCUUUUUCUCUGUUCAAACUGUAAAUACUGUCUAUUUAAGUUCUGUAAAUAAAAAUCUAAUUAUACCCAA